CAAUCUGUAUUUAAGAUGCUUACUAAUGCAUGAUUAAGUUAAUUAAAUAAUGAAUAAAUCUGGGAGUAUUCACAUCAUACAUGUGCAGGAUUUCCUACCAAUUUUAUACAUAGUCCCCUUAGCUGCAAGACACUGAACCCCUAGUUGCUCCCAGUGCAACUGGCGCUGGUGUGUGAAUAUGUGUGUGCUUGUGUGAGUGAAUGGGUGGAUGUGUCUCUGACCGUAAAAGCGCUUUGAGUACCUUUGAGUAGGUAGAAAAGCGCUAUAUAAGAACAAGACCAUUUACCAUUUACCUUAUUUCACUCAGAAGUGAUUGGACAUAGUCAUGUUAAUAAAAUGUUUAUUUUUGAUUCUUUGCCUAGAAUCAUUUGGACACAAUUAAGUGUGUUACCCAUGCAUAUCAACAAACAACACAUUGUUGGUGCUGUUUCUACCUACAGUAAAGUGCUGUCCUAUCCACUUGGGCUAAAUCUGGGCAUUAUGUAUAUUCUCACACACUCACAUCUGACUUUUGGUCACAUGGUCAGUGUCCCAGUGCCAUUGACCAUGCAUGCAUUUGGAUUACUCUAUAUGGAAGGAAGAUUUAGAUAAUAAUCCCCGUUUCCUGCUCCAUGACUUGUCUGGAUGUUGAGUGUUUAUUUACCAUAAACAGAAACCUUUUUUUUUUCCCUGUUGAUUUAGGUCAACCCUAUUGUUUCGGUUGUGUCUGAUGAAUUUGUGUUUUGUUUUUUGUGUAUUUAUGCAUUUUCUAAAUGAAUGUGGGUUCCAAACCUUUGACCUGUUUGUGUUGACCUUUAAGCCCCUGAAAAGGCCACUGUGUAUACACCUUCCCUAUUAUUUGAAUAUGAAUAUCCAAAUGAAAGCUAAUUGCCUGCACUUUAAGCCCACAUUAUUUAUAUUACAUACAUAUUUGAACAUAUGGAUUACAGAGUGAAAUCCUAGAUAAAGGAAUACUUCAUUCAUUUACCAAUACUACUGUUGAUGAUCUACAUGAACAUGGAGCGCUUUGGGACUUGUCUGGUUGCCUAUGUGCACGUACAGACAAUGAUAUUUUUACACCUAAACCUUUGUGUGUUUGCAUUUCAAAAAAUUGUAGAAAUAUUUAGAACAUUCAAAGUGUUUAUGCUUAAGCAUUUUUAAUGAAGUUUUUUUUAAAGGCAAAAACUGUUUAAAUGAAGUGAUCUGAACAAUAAAAGUGAUAAAACAGAGUGAAAGGCAGUGAAGCUGCAGGUUCACAAACCGCAACAUGUUAAACACGCUUCUAAAUGCACUCUUAAACCACCUGUAAUAAACCACUUCCUGUUCAUUAGCUAUUUGUGGUUCACUUCUACUCUGAAACUAGGCAGAUGUGCACACUAUGUAGAAAAACAGGGCUUACUUAGAACAGGGAUCUUAUUGUAAACAAACGAAAAGCCUGAACAUAGAGGCCCACUUUCCGUUUUUGCUGUUCAUUCUGCUCCAGUCACACGUUUGUUGCACUGUUUGUUUUUUUUGCUGCUUCUCACGUCUGAGUGUGAACAUCUGUGUACGUGUGAAGCACAAUUCACAUUUGAAUGUGUGGACCUUUGCCACCAAAUAAGAAAUGAUCAAGCCCCUUGAUUGAGUGGCAGAAUGUCAUUAAGAGUAAAGCGGUUGAAUUUCUAGGUAGACAGUGACUUAUGUUUUCUCAGUAUUUCAGUGGAGGUCUUAGAUCUAGGUCAGAACAUUAUUUGCUGACGAGUGACGAAUGUUUAAGAAGCCUCUUUUUAAACACAGGAUGUAAUCAGUAUUUAGGCCUAAUGAUCAAAUCUUAUUUACAUUGGAUUAAUACACACCGAUGAAGGGCCUCCAUCAAGAAUCCAUCAAGGGAGGAAAAAGUGCUUGGUAGAGGGAACACAAGGACCCUGCAUCAAUAGCUACUUUUUAAGAAGUGUGUCAAGUCAAUUGGUUGAAGUCCAUUGACAGGAAGUAACCCACGGCUGGCAGGAUAUCAGCAUCCGUAAUGUUGAGGCAUGUACUAGCACGGAGGCAGAUAGAGAGAGCAGCCAGCCAAAGAGGGAGAAGAUCAGUUUUCAGAAACCUGGCUUAAGUGACCAGGCACAGCUACAACUAGGAAGUGGGAGGAUAAUGACCAGGCUAGAGUGCUGGGUAAGCUGAAAGGGACGGUGGAGAGUAAGUUGGAGAAAAUGGGAGAUUUUAUUUCAGAUUAUGGUAAGGAAAGAUUUGGAAACCAGAGGGAGAGGUAGUUAGGUCUAGGCGCCAACAGGAGAUUGAUAGCCUGCUGGUCGGUUUUCAGUUGGACUUGGGAUCUACUGUGUUUCGCCUGGGAUCUUGGCACAAAGGAUUGUAACAUCUUAUCCUGUUUAAUAAUGAAUGAUCAGUGUUUUUUUUAUCAUGUUAUGUCCUACAACAGUCUCCACAAUAACAUUUUUCCACUGACCUGUACAAGUUGUUUAACCAAGUCUAAAAAACAAAGCUUGAAGGUUUGGGGACAUCAAGCUUCAAGUUCCUGUUUGUGAAUACGGUCAUAUUAGUCUUAGGUGUAGACCUCUGUCAUUUGCAUUAAUUGUUCCCCCUUUUUUUUUUUUUUUUUGUUGUUUGUUUAGUUUUUUUUUUUUUUUUUUUUAGUGUUGACAGUCCAUUGAAGCGAAUUAUCAGAGAGCAGACACAUCCUGUUCAGAGACUGGCAGUCAGCAUCAUUUCCUCUUGGAAAUAGUUUGUCUUUCGAAAGACUUUUUGUCUUAAGCAUGUGAAACCCAAUGGAUGCAAAUUAAAAAAUGAAAAACAUGAGUGAGGCUACUUGAACUUAAAACAUUUAGGUCAGGUUUCCUAAAAUGAGUUUAGGACCUUCUGAGAGCCCUCCCACGCUGGAUCUGAAUUAGAGUCUCGUGCUGGUAUUAAUGAUGACUGGGACCAAGUACUUGGCUUGUCUGUGGACUGUGGUCAUCACCCAGGCUGGGUUUGUCUGCGGUGAUAUUCAGUUCUUGGAGCGGCAUGAGGGUGAGUCUGUGGUUCUUCCUUGUGUGGUUGAGAAGAGGAGCACCCCGCCCUUUGGUGUCUACCUGAAACGCAGCUGGCUCCGUCCCGGUGAGGUGCUGUUCCAUUACACCAAGAGCAAGUUCCAAGUGAACAACAGUUCUGACAAGAACCGCACCAGUGUCGACGGAGACCCGAGCCUUCACUCCGUCAAUGUGACCAUCUCUCAGCUGAGGGUCAGAGACACGGACCGCUACUACUGUGAGUUUCUUGUGGAAAAUCCUUCCUCUGAAGAUGAAAAGAUACAAGGAACAACUGAAUUCUUCCUCUUUGUUAAUCCUGAUGCCCCCGGCUCAGUGGACAUGGAGCUGGUAGAGACGUGUGCUGGGGGUUCAGCUGUGCUCCCCUGUCUCCCCUCACACGGGGAAGGCUUGGCGCCCGUGGAGGGGGUGAGUGUGAAGAGGCAGCGGGGCAUGGCGCCUGUGGAGGUUUUGUAUGACUGGAAGCGGCACAGCAGCUCGAAUCCUUCCUCCUCCUCUCAGUUCCACCUGUCCUCGACGCCUAGCCCUGGUGGCAUCGUCUUCAAGCUCACCGUGCAGCAGCUGCAGCCAGAGGACAGCGGCCUGUACAGUUGCCAGCUGUUCCAUAGUGGCAGCCCCGACGUUAGCACCAGCCUAGGGAGGCAUGUGGUGUUUGUUUCUGUGCAAGGUGACCGGUGCGGCUGCUCCAGCUACCCCACCCUGCUGUACACCUUGUCCUCAGCUGUGGUCCUUCUGCUCCUCCUGCUCUUGGCUGCAUUUGUGGCGAUUUAUAAAUGCAAAGCAACCCGCAAAGUCAAGUCACGCCCUCAAGCACCCAUCUACGAAGAGAUGGUCGGGGUUGCGCCUCACAGUCGGAAACUGGGCCCCAGCCAUCUGGAGGAAGCAGAGUCUUCUGAGUACAGAAACUGUCCAAUGAAGAAAUCCUGCCCCGACAACUACUAUGAAAGCCCCAGCGGGGCCCUCCGCCUCAAGAGGUAAACAUGAGGUGGUGAGUUUCCAUGAAGAACAGAAACAUGGAGGUCGCACAACAACCAGCUGUUCAAAGUGUGAAAAGCUAUAAUUGCUGUGAGAUUAAAAAUGUUUUUCUUUUUUGGCCAUCUUCUUUUGAAUAAUUUCAGUGUUGCCAGCAAAAAUGGAGGCAAAAGGUCUUCUGAUAUAUUUCGAGCAGAUUUUGCAUUGUACAUGUUAGAAAAUGUAUAUUUGUGUUUUGGGACAUGGAAAUGGAUUUGUUGACUCUAUCGUAUUAUCUGAUUUAGUGUCCAUGUAAACAGUCACGGUGGAAUCAAGAAAUAUUUUCCAUAUAAAUGCAACCAUUGAUAAUUGGAAUAAUGUAAAUAAAAACUCUUAUAAACAGCAAGAGGUGCUAGUUGUAAAAUAUUUCGCAGGCUGACUUUAGAUACUUGACAUCUGUCAACAAAAGCCCACUAACAGUUCCACUAACUGAGAGAAACAAGACCUAGGGCAGUAUUGGGUGUUUUAUGGCAGUUUGAUGUGGGCAGCACCCACAGAUGUUAUUAAUAAAAACCUAAUCUCCAGCAGUCAUGUAGACCUGGAGAAGCCAGAUGGAUGAGUGGGGAAACAUCUUCAAGAACUCAAACAAGAUGGUUUUCUUAAAAAUAAAUGACCCUGUCCUGACAUGAGGUCCUGCCUCUCAUUCAUUUUUAACAGUUCAAACAGGGACCUUGACACAACCUAUUGUAUUCUGUCUGCAUGCAACAAAAUGAGACAAGACACUCGGGAACAGCCAAGAAAAUUUGUAAUUUAUUAAUAUAGUCCGAAAGAAGCUCCAUUAAUCAUGGAAACAUUUUUUUCUGGUGCAUGUCUUUAACAAUCACAUUCUAUGAGGAGAAAAAAGAACAACAUUAAAAGCCACAACUUUGUAUUUCAGUUACAGACAUUUUUCCUUAAUGUUUUUUUUCCAAAGUAAAGAGAAAGGCAAAGGCAAAGUCUCCCCCCCACCCACCCCACAUACACUUCCCCUUAAAAAACAGACCGCCUCAAAAGUCAUUGGGCUUUUGUUUUUUACUCAGUACAACCCACAGUGCUUUAGCAGAAGGAUAAGCGCUCAUUGGUUAAGGAUUACACAGCAUGACGACGCAAUGUAAAGUUUUGCUAAAACAUUAGAUGGCAAUGGCGAGGGGGGGGAGUGGAAGAAGUUUGAGCAAAACACACACACGAAAAUAAACCAACCCUACAUCAAACCCUGAACCCCAGAGUCUGAGUGGACAAGCAGCCGCAGUGCAGCGGCGACGCCUCUACUCCUCCCUCCCACUUGUGCAUAGAUCAUGAUCCUAAAACCAGCUUUAUUCCACUUCAAACUGCCUCUGAAAACCAUCUCUUCUCACAUGUUAAGAAAUCUCUCAGCUAUUCAAAGCCUGUCAAGGGGGCAGACAUUGUAACAGACAGGAGAGAUGAUUGAAAAAAAAAAAAAAAAAAGAAAUAAAAAAAGAAAAAAAUCUUGCACAAUGCUCCUGAACUACAGGAUGGAAACAAGGUCAAAACAUACAAAUGCAUUUUUCUGUCACUGUCUUUUUGACAAUCAGACCAUUGAUCAUUGUUUAAAUGUAAAGCAAUUUCUACUUAGAUUUCACAUGUAAAGCACUCCACUUUUCUCAAAGUUGAUUCUCAGUCAUAUUUGGUAAAUAUGUAACUUGCUACAAACAUUUUUUUAAUGUUGUUUUUAAAGAAACAAUGGUACACUCUAUACUCUGUUUAACUCAUGAACUUCAGUGCUUGCUUGGAGUUUAAUAGAUUUCAGUUGCCCCCCCCACCCCACCCUCCCCACACACACAAACAUUAAACCUAGAAAUGAUGGAGUUGGUAUCUGGAACCCUGGCCUUCCUGAGACAAAAUCCACAUCUUUUAUGAGUGUGCAAGAUAGUGAGCAAACUGCAUCGCAGUAUUACAGAAAACACAAAAUCACAACUUAAUACAUACAGAGAUAGUCUAUCCACAAUGAAAAGAGAAACUCAAAAUUGAAAUAUGACAACACUGAUCAAUCCCAGAGUUUUGAAAAUAGCAUAAAUCUUCAUUUUGCAAGAUAUUCAUGUCCAUAUUUGAUGGAAGAUGAAAUUUGUCCUUUUUUUGUUUAAACAACAUUCCUGUUAUAAAUUCUUAUUUCCUUGAACUUCAGACAAAUGAAAUGCUUGUAAACGACGGGUGGCUUUUGCAAAACAAAAAAGAAAAGAUAGGCACCUCUGAAAUGAGUCUUGUAACAAACUCACCUCCCACAUUUUAUCCCUUUCCAUUUCUCCAUGAAGUUAACAUCGGGAUUACUAGUCCUUCUACAGCUAGCUAUGGCCACAGUUCUUUGUUUUGUUUUUUUCUUUAUUUUUAGAUUUUUUUUUUUUUUUUUUUGUAUUUUUAGAUUUUUAGAUUUUUUUUUUACAUUUUCUUGUAUAAUCGGAACAAAAUGGUGCAAUACUCAAUGAUAAUCCUUGUAUUGGAUUAUUCCACAAUAAAAGCCACUAUAAGGUAGAUAAACUUUUUACAGAUAGAAUGAAAAACAAAGUCCUUGAGUAAACAUGUACACAUGAAUUGUCACCGUCACCCCUCCGUACUUAGACUCGUUUACCUACGAUUAGCUGAGUGAGGGGCAGAAGACACUCAGUGCAACGUUAGAAGAUGUCUAUCAGAAUAGUUUUUGACAGAACACAAAGAUAAAAAUGGACACAAAAUAUACUGAGUGGAACAUAACAGCAGGCCAUGUGUCCUGUACACACUCACGCAAUUUGUUGAGCACACAUUCAUACGAACAUCUGACUUUCAAGCACACGUCUAAGAUGACUUUUUUUUUUU